UGAUUCUGUAUGGAUUCUAUUUGAGAUUCUAUCAGAAUCUGAUCAGUUAUUCCAUGGUUUCCAUGGAUUCUAGCGGAAAAAGUGUCGGUAUUUCAUACUUGAUUAACCCCUUGGUGGCAAGGCAGUGCCCUCUCUCACUCACUUUCGACAAUUUCUUCACCAAAGAUGCAUUGAUGCCAAAAAUUCCACUGACUGAGAGUUCGUCAUUCUCCAAGGGCGUACCUAAUUCCCGAAAUCAAAAUCAGAAGCACAAUGCGCCCAAACGUCAAGUCGCUGCGUUAACCCAUCCGUCCGAAGCAUCAAACUGCCGAUGCUGUUCUGAGAGUUCACAUCCUUUGUUCAGAUGUACAAAGUUCCUGGCGAUGUCGCCAUCCGAUAGAUAUGAAGUUGUCAAAACCCUGAAUCUGUGCAAGAAUUGUUUGGUGCCUCAUGUUACAAAUUCCUGCACCUUCCGUUCAUGUAGAAAAUGCCAUGGACGGCAUAACGUUUUCCUUCACGAAAAGUUCGUGUGUGAAUCCCUUCCAUCGAAAUCCACAACUUCAUCCGUCAACAAGUCUGAGCCCAAUAAGAGUGAAACUACAAACAAUUCUCAAAAUUCGUCCGCCACAGUGGCUCUAUCUUCCAAGGUUCCGGAUCGCUCCCUCCAACCUAAUCAUAGGGUGUAUUUAGCGACCGCCAUGGUUGAUGUUUUUUCUGCGAAUGGAGAGAGGAUUCCAUGCCGCUUUUUGCUCGAUGGCGGUGCCCAAGUUUGUGUUAUCACUAGUGAAUUGGCCCAGAGGUUGAGAUUACCGAAACAUCCAUCUAAUAUGGCGGUUGUGGGAGUUGGAUGUCACCAAUCUCGCAUCCAGCACCGGGUCACUACGACCAUUGUUUCCCAAGUCACCAAGGAUAGUUUUACAUUCGAGUGCCAGGUUAUGCCUAGGAUAACUGGCAAUGUUCCCAAUUGGACCACGAAUAAAGAGAUACUGAAUAUUCCACAGAACCUUCCUGUGGCCGACCCGUGUUCGGCUGACCAGAAGCCUGUUGAUAUUUUAGUCUGUGGGGAUAUUUACUGGUCCAGUUUCCUUCAGAAUGUCGUCUCCCUUGGCCCAGAACUUCCUCAUUUGAGAGAAACCGUGUUUGGCUAUGUCAUCUUGGGCGAGCACCACUCCUUUCCCAGCCAAUCUGGCCUUGUCUGUCACAAUGCAUCCUCAUCCUCUUCUCUUGAAGAAUCACUCGUCAAGUUCUGGGAGGUCGAAAAUGUUCCUGAAGAAGUUCCAGUAACUGAUGAGCAUCGUGCUGCUGAUGAGCAUUAUGUGAAGUCGCACUCACGUACUCCCGAGGGUCGAUUUCUAGUCAAGCUCCCUUUCAAGAAGAAUCCAGAUUUGCUUGGUGAAUCCAGACCUCAGGCCGUACGUCAAUUCCUGGCACUUGAGCUCCAAUUUGAGAAAAAGCCUGGCUUGAAAGAGGCCUAUUCUGAGAUAAUGAAUGAUCAGCUAGAGAGAAGGUGGCUUGAACCCGUGCCGAUGAAAGAUUGUCGUGCUCUGUCGUUCUGCAUGCCUCUCCACGGGGUCUUCAAGGAUUCUACGACGACAAAGCUGCGCAUUGUUUACAAUAAUGAGAAGGAGUACCCUCUCACUGCAGAAGCCUUGCUUAAGGCAUUCUAUGUCAAUGAUUGUCUACUGUCCUGUGAGUCGCUUGAUGAAGCCAAGGACACCCAAGCCCAGUUGAUUGAAGUCUUGCAGCGGGGAGGAUUUUCCUUAGUCAAGUGGACAAAUGAAAUGAAAACCAAACGUCAUAUGGCGUCCGCCAUUGCGAAGUUGUUUGAUCCGAUUGGUCUUGUUGGACCAGCAAUCAUCGAAGCCAAGCUGAUGUUGCAGAAGCUUCAUGAAUUGAAGUAUCCUUGGGACAAGCCUGUCCCCGAAGAUGUGAGAUCCGAAUGGCGAGACUUUACCGAAAGGUUGUUAAACCUGAAUCAACUCGAGAUUCCUCGUUGGAUUUCCGUGUUUCCACAUCCAAUACGAACAGAUAUCCAUGCCUUCAGUGAUGCAAGUCUUCUCGCGUACGGAGUGGCUGUUUACGUAGUCACUAUUCCUAAACUUGAGUUGUGCGGAGCAUUACUGGUCGCCGAGACGAUUGACAGGUUUAAGGACUCCUACAAACCUGAUGACAUCCACUACUGGUCAGAGUCUACAAUUGUCCUCAGUUGGUUGCGGAGCCCUCCCGAUGAUUACAAAAUCUUCGUGUCGAAACGAGUCAAGAGGAUUCUUGAGCUCUCUAAGCCUGACCAGUGGCAACAUGUUGGAACUAAAAGCAAUCCGGCAGAUAUUAUCUCCCGGAGAGCGAAUCCUUCGAAACUUCUCGACCGUGACUUCUGGUGGAGAGGUCCAGAAUGGUUGUCGGAGCCUAAAGAAGAUUGGCCAGAACCAUUUUAUGGCUUACGGACAACUUUGGAAGCCAAAUGCCUCGUAAUGGUUCCCAAACAACCACUUUUCGAAGAUCUCUUCACGAAAUAUUCAUCGCUUACGAAAAUUUAA